UGUAGUAAACUGAAACUCAACUGAAUAGUAAACUUGACUUGCCUAUUAAAUUAGAAAAAUUUGUACAUUUCUGACUAUUUUUUUUUUUUAGUUUCAAAUAACUAAUAUUUAACAUAUAUCGUAUAUAAUUUUAAGCUAUUGAAACAUGGAGGCGCUUAUUCCUGUUAUAAACAAGUUACAAGACGUGUUCAACACUGUAGGGGCUGAUGCUAUUCAAUUGCCUCAAAUUAUUGUGGUUGGAACACAGAGCUCUGGAAAAAGUUCAGUGAUAGAGAGUUUAGUUGGGCGCACAUUUUUGCCUCGUGGUACUGGAAUAGUGACAAGGUGCCCACUGGUGAUUCAGCUUAAUUACUGUCCCAAAGAUGACCGAGAACACAGGAGCACAGAAGAAGGCACACAAAAUAUAGAAGAAUGGGGAGUGUUUCUUCACACUAAAGGCAAAAUAUUCAGUGAUUUUAAUGAAAUCCGAAAUGAAAUUGAGGAAGAGACAAACCGAAAAGCAGGACAUAAUAAGGGAGUGUGUUCAGAGCCAAUUGUUCUUAAAAUAUACUCUCCUCAUGUUCUCAACUUAUCAUUGGUUGAUCUACCUGGCCUUACCAAGGUUCCAGUUGGGGAACAACCUGAAGACAUUGAACUGCAGAUCAAGAAAUUAAUCAUAAAAUACAUAAGCAACCCCAACAGUAUCAUAUUGGCUGUUGUUACGGCUAACACAGAUAUGGCUACAAAUGAGAGUAUCAAGAUAGCAAGAGAUGUCGAUGUUGAUGGUCGCAGAACCCUGGCUGUAGUGACCAAGCUGGAUCUUAUGGAUGCUGGCACUGACGCUAUUGAUAUCCUAUGUGGUCGAGUGAUUCCUGUCAAACUGGGUAUCAUUGGAGUUGUUAACAGGUCACAAAAGGAUAUUAAUGAUAAAAAGUCAAUCAAAGAUACAUUACGUGACGAAGCAACCUUCCUACAGCGCAAGUACCCGACACUGGCGAAUCGCAACGGCACCCCUUACUUGGCCAAGACUCUGAAUCGUCUGCUGAUGCAUCAUAUACGUGACUGUCUACCUGACCUCAAGACUAGAGUGAACGUGAUGGUGUCUCAGUUUCAAUCUCUGCUGAAUUCGUAUGGAGACGACGUUUCGGAUAAGAGUCAAACGUUGUUGCAAAUUAUCACCAAGUUUGCGUCUGCAUAUUGCUCAACGAUUGACGGAACUUCCAGAAACAUUGAAACUACUGAAUUAUGUGGAGGUGCAAGAAUAUGCUACAUAUUUCAUGAGACGUUUGGACGCACCUUGGAUUCUAUACACCCUUUAGUAGGACUUACCAAAAUGGAUAUCUUGACAGCAAUCCGGAAUGCUACUGGUCCUAGACCUGCUCUAUUUGUCCCAGAGGUGUCUUUUGAACUACUAGUGAAGAGGCAGAUCCGCAGAUUAGAGGAGCCAUCACUGCGCUGUGUAGAGCUAGUCCAUGAGGAGAUGCAACGAAUCAUCCAACAUUGCGGUACAGAGAGUCAGCAAGAAAUGCUGCGGUUCCCUAAACUGCACGAGAAAAUCAUGGAUGUUGUCACUCAUCUGCUGAGAAGACGUCUACCUCCAACCAAUUCAAUGGUUGAAAAUCUGGUUGCGAUUGAGUUGGCUUAUAUUAAUACAAAACAUCCAGACUUUCACAAAGAUGCUGCUUUGGUUCCCUCUCUUCUGAAGUCUGUGGAGGAAGAUACAAUAAGACAUCAAACCAGAAACAACAAAAGACACACUGUUUACUUGACUAAUGCUGACUCUGUUGUCAAUGACUCUGAACAGCAGAACCAUGGCCAUAAUGGUCGAAACAAUGAAAUACUGAUGAACGCAGACCGUUCAAAUUUAAGAAACUUGAUGUCCAAUAUCUUCCCUCGUCAAGAGAACAGCAAGGAUCCAUCAGCAGAGAACUCUCCGUUGUCCACACCCACACACCAACCCAACGACACGGAGAGUAAAAGCGUUAUGAGUCCUCAGAGACCCAUCAACUUGCUGCCGGAAGUCCCCACGCAGACUAGUCGCAGGUUGUCAGAAAAAGAGCAAAGAGAUUGUGACGUUAUUGAGCGUCUUAUCAAGUCGUACUUCUACAUAGUUCGGAAAUCAAUCCAAGACAGUGUUCCUAAAGCUGUGAUGCAUUUCUUGGUGAAUUAUGUGAAAGACAACCUACAGUCAGAGCUAGUCACACAUCUAUACAAGUCCGAUAAAGCAGAUGAACUGCUCAACGAGUCUGAACAUGUUGCACUGAGGAGGAAAGAGGCCGGUGAUAUGCUUAAGGCACUUCAGAAAGCCAAUCUCAUAAUCAGUGAGAUCAGGGAAACACAUAUGUGGUAGACGCGACAUAGUUGUUCUCCUUUAGUGCAUCAACUUACAGAGAAAUUAGGUUAGUUUGUAAUGUGCCUUACAGAACAUGUAUUUAAUAUAAUUUAUUUGUGAAUCAA